GUUAGCUUCCGGUUAGUUUGAGUUGAACCGGAAGCGGAAGCAGUUGGAGCCGUUGUUGUUUAACGUGUUGAAACUUUUAACGUUGUUACAUUUAACUGUUUUUAAACACCACCGAUCCCCUCUAACCUCUACACCUCCACAUCUCCAGGAUGUUUAACAGACAGACCAGCCUGUGGAUGGGGGAUUUGGACCCAUACAUGGAUGAGAACUUCAUCAAGCAGGCAUUUAGCGCUAUGGGAGAAUCGCCCUUUGGAGUCAAGAUCAUCACUCACAGGAUAACAGGUGGUUCAGCAGGAUACUGCUUUGUGGAGCUGGCAGAUGAAGCGAGUGUCGACCGCUGCGUCCAACGACUGAACGGAAAACUGGUUCCCGGAUCAAACCCGCCCCGGAAGUUUAAGCUAAACUAUGCGACCUACGGUAAACGGCCAGAGGCAGGGCCGGAGUUCUCAGUGUUUGUGGGCGAUUUGGCCUCCGAGGUGGACGACUUCCAACUGCACCAAGUUUUCAAGAAGUACCUUUCCUGCAAGGGAGCCAAAGUAGUCACUGACCAGUAUGGGUACUCCAGAGGCUACGGCUUCGUCAAGUUUGGGGAGGAGGGCGAGCAGAAGAAGGCGAUCGAGGAGUGCCAGGGUACGAUGCUGGGGGGAAAGCCGCUCAGACUCAGUAUUGCUGUGGCAAAGAGCCAGAAGAUGAGCAACUACCACGGGGGCCAGGGCCAGAAUUACCAUAGCAACUACAGCCCGUCCCAGUCCAGUUACUACGGCAACCAGGGCAGCGGAGGUCAGGGGGGUUACUACUCUCAGUGGGGGGGCUACGACCAGUACAGCGGCUACAACAGCGGCGGCUACACCGGCGGCUACAACAGUGGCUAUAACAGUGGCUACAACUAUAACUAUGCGCCCUACGGAUACCCCCCACCGGGCCACGCGAUGCCACCACCUCCCAUGGGGAUGCCACCCACUGACAUGACGGGAGCUGCAGAGGGCCAUGAGGAGGGUGCUGAUGUAGAUGAAGAUAAUGUAGAAGAGCCCAUCCCUGAAUGUGACGUGGAGCAGUGGAACAAAGAUUUUAUGCAGCGCAGCGAAGAACUCUACGACGCCAUGAUGAGCUGUCACUGGGAACCCAUGGACUCUGUUAACUCCCCCAUCCCCUCCCUCUCCUGAUAAAUAUCCUGAUCCCUCCCUAAACCGUAAAUAUUUCAUUUUUUUUAUGAGUUUGUACUCCCCAUAAUCCACCACGUUGACACCUUAAAAAAGGGCCAGCUUCAGCUCGGUCUCAGUACUUCCCUAAGCCUGUCUAAAGGCUCCAGAGUACACACCGAUACAGGUACUUGUUCCUCUUCAAAACACUCAAAUAAGUACACACAAAUAUUCACUUGAUUUUAAUGUUUACCAUGUUGGUAAUAUUCAGAAAAGGUCGUUCAAUAAUCAGUGACGUUGCACCUGUGUAUUUUGUAUGAAUUCCUCUAUAAACCAGAGCUCUAAGCUGUGGGAUGAAGUAGUCUUCUCUGCUGUUGACUGGCAACGCAGUAGCUGUAGCAUCGGAAACUGAAUGUCACGUGUCAAUAUUUCACCAUUUAAAGAUCUCACGGAGGAACAAACUCCACUGUCCCUUCCCUUCUGUUGAUCCGUGUUGAAAUGGUGACACCAGCAAAAGCUAACUUGGCUCAUUGGAUAUGACCUCGACUUUUAAAAAUUUGCCUCCUGAAGACAGAUGUUCAAGCUACGCCUUAAUUGUCACUUGCCAUACACUUCCUCUUAGUCGAUGAUGAAUCUUGUUUCUACAGGACAUCGCUCUUUUUUGUUCAUUUUUUUUAUUGAAGGAAUUUUCCUCCGUUUGUUUAAAUUUUUCUGAUGAAGUAAAAGAACGAAAGGAAAGACGGUGACAUCGAGGUAACCCGACAGUAAUCAAUCAGUAAUUUAUCGCUGUUUUUCCAACACAAGGAGCUCAAAGUCUUUCUGUAUGAUAGAUGAAUGGUACAACCUCCCAGUGCUUUUGAGCGCUGUGAAACCGCCCUAAUGGUUUUGUGAGGUUGACGGCUGAUUUGCUGUAUCAGAUGUCAAGGCAGCGUUUAUUUUCUGCUGUCUGAUGGCUGAUUGUUUUGUAUAUAUUUUCUUUGUGGAGACGUUUUAUCAAUAAAACAAAUUUAGGAGGAGAA